GAGGCCCCGCCCCCCGGGGGCAGCGCGACUGGGCGGGGCGCGGAGCCCCUGCCCAGCCCAGGCCCGCGCGGGCGGCGCCGGACUCGCCCCGCCAGGAGGAAGUCGGAUCGCACCGUCCGCAGCGGCCAGGUCCAGCAGCUGGGGUCUCCCCUCAGCCCUUGAGCAGCCAUGUCUACCCCCAGUGCUCCCCCUCCAUAUGAGGACCGCAACCCCCUGUACCCUGGCCCUCCUCCCCAGGGGGGCUACGGGCAGCCCGGUGGGUACCCCGCCUACCCUCCCUACCCACAGCCUGGCUAUGGUCACCCUGCUGGCUACCCACAGCCCAUGCCCCCCAUCCACCCGAUGCCCAUGAACUAUGGCGGGGGCUACGACCGGGAGGAGAGAGCAGUGAGUGACAGCUUCGGGGCUGGAGAGUGGGAUGACAGGAAAGUCCGACACGCCUUCAUCCGAAAGGUCUACAGCAUCAUCUCCAUCCAGCUGCUCAUCACGGUGGCCAUCAUUGCUAUCUUCACCUUCGUGAGGCCGGUCGGCGAGUUCGUGAGGAAAAACCUGUUCGUCUACUACAUAUCCUAUGCUGUCUUCUUGGUCACCUACCUGACCCUUGCCUGCUGCCAGGGACCCAGACGCCGUUUCCCAUGGAACAUUAUUCUGCUGACCAUCUUUACUCUUGCCCUGGGCUUCAUGACAGGCACCAUUUCCAGUGUGUAUGAAACCAAAGCCGUCAUCAUUGCGAUGAUCAUCACUGCCGUGGUGUCCAUCUCAGUCACCGUCUUCUGCUUCCAGACCAAGGUGGACUUCACCUCAUGCACAGGCCUCUUCUGUGUCCUGGGAAUUGUGAUGAUGGUGACUGGGAUUGUCACUGCCAUUGUGCUGUCCUUCAAAUAUAUUUACUGGCUUCACAUGGUCUAUGCUGCUCUGGGGGCCAUUUGCUUCACCUUGUUCCUGGCUUACGACACGCAGCUGGUCCUGGGGAACCGGAGCCACACCAUCAGCCCGGAGGACUACAUCACUGGCGCCCUGCAGAUCUACACGGACAUCAUCUACAUCUUCACCUUUGUGCUGCAGCUGGUGGGGAAUCGCAACUGAGGACCCCCGGUUCCACCCCGCCUUGGGCGUCCCCUUCCCCAGAGGGCUGGGCCCUGGGCCUCAGACCCCUUUCCUUCCUCUCAAGCAAUACGCCCAAUUUCCUUUCUGUCCUGGCAUGGCUGGCCGCUCUGGCUGUGGAUGUGUAGGUACCUAGCGGGGCCGGAAAAACUGGGGGCUAAGUCUCGCCCUUGGUGGACUUGGCAGGGACCAGGCUGAAGAUGUGCCUUCUCCCUCCACUCACUGUAUGGCACGGCUGGGGCUGGAGAGGGAGGGAUGAAAAGAGCCUAUCCUAUAGCUAAAAGAGACUAUGAGAGGUAGAAGUGACAUCAAGGUGAUGAGGUGGCCCCUACCACCUCUGCCCCAGGCUCUGGGCUCUAUAGCUGGAGCUGUUUCCUCCCUCAACCCCCAAGAAAGCCAGCGAACUUUGUCCCCAGCUGCCUGGACUCAUAGGCCAUUAUCCUGUACUGCUUUGGCAAGUGUCGGCACCUUCCAACUCAGGAAGGUAGAAGAGAUCUGUGCCCGGGGGUCCCCUGCUUCAACCCCUCUUUCGACUGCAUGUGUAUACUGUUUAUCUGGGUUAGGGGUCGGGGAGGAAGAGAGUGAGCAGAGUCAAGCACAGGGACCAGUUGGAGCAGCAUGUGGCCUGCGCUUCCUCAUGGCUUGUGGUGAUGAUGGCGACAGCAGGCCCUUUGCAGCCCCUGGUCCCCAUCUUUCACAGCCGCCUGGGGCCUCCCUGGUGCUUCUGAGGUCUCUGCUCUGGGGACCUCUUGCUUCCUGUGCUCAGGCUACUCAGAGCAGAAAGUAAGGGGCAAAGAUCAGGAGCUGGGGUGGUCUGUAGGAUCAUGAGUGUGGCCAGGAAGCAACCAGGGUGAAGGGGGACUGGGGUGGGGGCAGAGAAAAUGCCUUGGGGUCCCCCACCCAGUCUGAAGGAUAUGCAAGCCUACGGUGGUGGUCAUGGAAACUUCUGUGUUCUUUCCUCUGCUAAGCCGGGGAGGGCCCUGAGUGAAAGGACACUUGCCCUCUCAGUCUGCUCCUAACACGCACUGGGGGAGGGUGGACUUGAGCCAGCUGUUGCUUUCUCUGUGACACCAAGUGCCUGAAGCUGGAAUGGGGAAGUGGACAAGGGUCACUCUGUCGGGUCGGGGUGGAACCCAGGUCAGCCCAUGGUAUAUAAUUAGGACUUCUCUAGUAAGUACUUGGUCCUAAUAUAUCACACAAAGGACAUAACUAGAAAAGUAAUAAAGUCUUCUGUUUAGAAAUUAAA